CUUACUAUUGGUUAGAAUCAUUUCAUAAAAAUAAGCCUUAAAGUUUUUUAAAUGAAAACUUCCACAUCUUAACUACAUGAUCAAACAGCUGUUCCAUUUUAUAUUAAAAUGCUUUUACAGCAAUACACGAGGCAUAACCUGCUGUUAAUAUUUUGUACAACUUUUUCAAGAGUUAAUCUAUUAAACACGUGAUAUUAAACAUGGAUAAACCAGUUGUAUUAGCUCGAGUAAUUAAAAUAUUGGGUCGUACUGGUUCACAAGGACAAUGUACACAAGUAAAAGUUGAAUUUUUGGGUGAACAAAAUAGACAAAUCAUUAGAAAUGUUAAAGGACCAGUACGUGAAGGUGAUCUCCUAACCUUACUGGAAUCUGAAAGAGAAGCAAGAAGACUCAGAUAAAGCAUUUUAUCUUUAUAUUAUGUUUAAAAGAUUACCAAAUAUGAAAUCACAUCAUUCCAAAUACUUCUUUUGAAAUGGAUUAUUAAUCUAACUGUCACUGGAAGAAAUCUAAUUGUAAUUACUGAAAA